AUGUCAAAAUAUUGUUAUAGACGACGAAUUACUAUGAAGUACAUUACUCUGGCGGUGAUUAUAGUGAUAAUGUUAACUACGGUAUAUGCCAGUAAGGCAUUUGGAUAUGGUAAUAAGAAUGCUAGAAUGAAUAAUUGCCAUAAAAAGGUAAAAAAAUAUGGGGCUUGGAUUGAAAAGGAUGAAGACGAGGAGUCACACGAUCACAAUUGUUGA